CACGUACCGAAUGGCGCUUUCGUUUCUAUCUCAAAACUCCGGUCUGUUGGAUUUACAAAGCAUAUUUGAUCCACAAUAUUCUCAUCAUCAACAACAACAACAAAAUUUGAGCCACCACCCCCAACAUCACUUUCAACAACAUCAAGAAGCGGAACAGAUUCAACAACAACAUCAACGCACCCUUCCAACGAAGUUCGAUUUGAGUCUUUUCAACGAACUCGACCAAAUGGAAUUCAACAACAAUUUAAAUCGCAAUCAAUAUCAGAAUAAUAAUAUACACAACAGCAACAAUAACCAGAACACCACCAACAACACCAACACUAAUAACAGUGUAAGUGAAAAUUUGAACCAGAUCCAAAACCGCCACUUCAUCAGCGGCUACCACCACCAGCAUAUUGGAUCGGAUUAUGAGCAAGUGAUCAACUUUGUUGACUCGCCGCCAAACUCUGAGGAAUCGUGGACAGAGACCAGCUCGCUAAUCGAACAAAUUACGAUUGUCGUAGACGCCCAAUCGAAGGACUCGCCGGGACCGCAGAUCAUCGACGUGCAGACCAUUUACCUGAACAGCGGCUCACGCAAAAGACGAAUGGAUUGGGACUCUUUGGACAUUGUCCAAAGUGAGAACUCACCCACAGCAUCGCAGAGCGGCGAGCUGCCCACCAAAGUGGCCAAUCAGGAGAAGGACAAGCACAAGCGCGAGAAGCACUCGGGUCGCAGCAGCUGGAGCGAUGAUAUUGGCUUCGACCUGAACGCCGAGUUCAACACCAACUCGUACUUGAACAAUGAGAACUUCCUGUCGUUCUCGCCCACGCUGACCACCCUGAAGCAGGAGCCGCAGACGGAGCAAAUUAAGCCGAGUCCCAAGAUUACCCUAGAAAAUGCAGCACGAUCGCCGUCUGUGGCCAUUGCCAAGUUGGAUGAGGCCCACAACUCACCGCCGCAGGCCAAUACGGCCCAGGAUCCGGCCGCAGGAUCGGGCUCGGCCGGAACUGGCAAGCAUGAUGUGAACUCCGGACUCAUCUGCGGAUGUGGCUCACCGCAGGGCUCGCCCCUGGCUAACACUGAGUAUGAGUUGAACGAAAAGGGCAAGCCCCAGCAGCAGCUUAGCGUUUUGGAUCCGGCAAAGAUCGAGAUCGUUUCGGCCAAUGGAGCUACCCAUUCCGAAGAUCACAAAUUUCAGUACAUUUUGGCGGCGGCCACGUCGAUUGCCACCAAGAACAACGAGGAGACCCUGACGUAUCUCAACCAGGGCCAGAGCUACGAGAUCAAGCUGAAGAAGAUCGGCGACCUGUCCCUCUACAGGGAUAAGAUAUUGAAGAGCGUGAUCAAGAUCUGUUUCCACGAGCGCCGCCUCCAGUUCAUGGAGCGCGAGCAGAUGCAGCAAUGGCAGCAAUCCCGCCCAGGCGAACGCAUCAUUGAGGUGGACGUACCGCUCUCGUACGGCCUGUGCCACGUGUCGCAGCCAUUAAGCUCCGGUUCACUGAACACCGUCGAGAUCUUCUGGGACCCGCUGAAGGAGGUCGGCGUCUACAUCAAGGUCAACUGCAUUUCAACCGAAUUUACUCCAAAGAAGCACGGCGGCGAGAAGGGAGUGCCCUUCCGACUGCAGAUUGAAACCUAUAUAGAAAACACGAACAGUACCAACUCGAGCGGCUCGAGCGGCAGCAACAGCAGCGGUAGCGCCAGCGGCAACAGCAACGGUAGCGGAAAUAGUGGCUCGACUGCCCCAGCAUCUCCGGAACGGACUCCCAAUGGCGGAGGCGGCAACAAUGGCAAACAGGCGGUCCAUGCAGCUGCCUGCCAGAUUAAGGUCUUCAAGCUAAAGGGAGCUGAUCGCAAGCACAAACAGGAUCGUGAGAAGAUCCAGAAGCGUCCGCAAUCGGAACAGGAUAAGUUCCAGCCCAGCUACGAGUGCACCAUCAUGAACGAUAUAUCCCUGGAUUUGGUGAUGCCCGCCACCACUACUGGUUGCUACAGUCCGGAAUAUAUGAAACUCUGGCCGAAUUCGCCCGUGCACAUACCCAAGUACGAUGGGAUGCUUCCGUUUGCCCCAAGUGCAGCAUCUCCGGCUACCAGCAGCAGCCCCAUUGCCAUCAACUCGGUGACGUCGACCAAUUCGCCCACCCUCAAGCUGAUGGACGCCACCAACAUGGUCUCACCGCAGCAUGUGCCCGCCGACAUGGACGAUUAUAGCCAGAACAUAAUGCCGGAAUCGACGCCCUCGCAAGUGACGCAGUGGCUGACCAAUCAUCGCCUCACAAGCUAUCUCUCAACGUUCGCACACUUCUCGGGAGCGGAUAUCAUGCGCAUGUCCAAGGAGGAUUUGAUUCAAAUUUGUGGCCUGGCCGAUGGCAUUCGCAUGUUCAACAUUUUGCGCGCCAAGACCAUUGCCCCGAGGCUUACGUUGUAUGCCAGUUUGGAUGGCUGUAGCUACAAUGCCAUCUACUUGCUGUCGAGCACGGCCAAGGAGUUGCAGCAGAAGCUGUUUAAGAUGCCCGGUUUCUACGAGUUCAUGGCCAAGGCCAGUGCCCAGGAGAAUGGAGCAGGAGGAGCUGCAGCCGCUGCUGCUGCCGCCCUGUUCAACAACUGGGGCAUGCACUCCAAGUACUCGGGCAGUGGCUCCAAUAUUUUCAAUGACGCCAACAAGAGCUGCGUGUACAUAUCGGGGCCCUCGGGCAUCCUUGUGACCGUCACCGACGAGGUGCUCAACAACGAGAUCAAGGACGGCAACCUUUUUGCCCUGGAGGUGCAGGCCGGCAAGGUCAUCCUUAAGCUGAUCAACAAGCAGGACAACAAUUAAAAGAUCUUAUGGCUACGUAGACCCACUGUAGACACCACCCGAGCAACCAAGUAUAGUUUAUAGCAUUUACACGCAGUUCGAAGCCAUGUCGAAAUCGUUUUCUAUAUAAGCUUCAAUUCAUAUGAGAUUUCGUGCAGCAAUUUUGAACAAGUAUAAAGCAAGCAACCCGAAACCCUGUUCCCUAAAAUCCCUAAAUCUUCGUUAAAACAACUAGUGCAAAAUAUUUAAGAUUUCGUUUUCAGUCCUCACUUUAAGUUUUGUUUAUUUUAUAUGUAUUUUAUACCACCUACGAUACACGAUUACAUAUGCACAUUUAAUUCUCCAA